UUAAAAAACGGAGUUAACGAAAAAAUGAUUUUUAAAUUUCGUGUGUAAAUUAUUCUCUACAAAUAGUGCGCGUCAAAUGUAAAUUAUUUGUUAAGGGCAUUUAAUUAAAAAAUCAGUCGUGCAGCAAUGAUAAAAUAAGACAAGCAAUUAAAGUUAUUGUUUUCUUACCGGGCACGGGCCACUUAUUCCGUUGUGUUCCUUGGCCCAUAGUCUGUGAUAUGAGAAUACGCACAAACAAUAGUAAACACACAUAAACUAUCUCACACAAUACGCCGACUAGUCGGUCAGUGCGCUCGUUCGCCGAAUAAUGUGCACUUGCGCCAAUUCGUCCGCCACUCAGCCGGCGUCGAGCGGUCGAACUACUGUGCGACAAGUAAAGCGUCUCAGUCGAGACCGGAAGUCGACUUCUGACCCCGUGAUAGAGACUCUCCUCUAUCCGCCGUCCUUAUGGGUCGUAGGGCUGACUAAGCCGACGCCUCCACCAAAACCAACGAGUGGUCCACUUCAGCAAAAUCAACAACAGUCGACUGGACCACCGCCGUACAGAAUGCCCCCGUAUCCUUUGUACAAUGAACCUUCACCGUUGCCUGGAUCUAGCAAUAAAAUCCACACACACUCGAAUAAAUUUCCGAUUGAGAGAGAAGUGAUACUUAGUAGUACCGACAAAAAUUUAAAAAUACCAAUACUAAAUGAUUACAAAAAGAGACCAAAAGCUGUAGCACCCGACACACCUAAUGUACAAAUUGCUUGGUCCGAACAAACUACAAAUACUUAUAAUAUUCCUCAAAAUGCGCAUCAGUACCAUACUCCUAAUCAUUACGCUUUGAUAAGCAAUGAUGGAACACAACAGAAUGUUUAUAAGGCUGAACCAUUAAAAACAUUGGAUCCACCGACUGAACUGUCUCCUAUUUAUAGAGACGACUCCAAUGGGUUUACUCCACGGUUGGAAAUAUAUAAUGCAGGCCCAUUGCAUUCGACUCCUGAAGAUCCUAAUAACACUAAAAAGUUUUCUUCUCGUAUUAAAGAUAUGAUUACUACAAGGUUUUCAAAAACCAAAACUGAAGCUGUUGUAGAACUCAACUUAAACAAUGCUGAGAACACAGUACCAAUCCCUAUAAAACUUGAUGAUCCAGCAAUGAGUCCUCACAGUCAAUUAAUUCAACAUGGUGUAUAUUUAGCCGUAAAUAAUCAAAUGCAAAGUUUAGUUAUACAAAAUCCAAAUCAAAACGUUUAUAAAACACCAGAUCAGUCUAGAGUCAAUACGGCUGGUCCAUCAAGAACGUAUGAAAGGCCUCAUACUAUUCAAACAAAUCGAGAAAUUGACCAGAGAAGACCAGAAUCACAAAUUUACAAUAGCGAUAUGCCCCGAACUAGUGACUAUGAAAUCAGGGUGCAGUCUAAUAACUAUGGACACAUUAGCCAGAACCCGUUAUAUGUUAAAAAAAGAUUACCUGUUCAAUUAAAACAACACCAACAAGAAAAUUUUAAGACGCCUAUGCCACCAGCAAAAAUACAAGAAGCUCCUGCGCCUUUUCCUAGGUCUAAGUCUAACGACAAUUUAGUCGAAUCGAGUAUUAAUGGACAACAGACUAUUGUACAGUAUUCUAGUGAUAGAUAUUUGGGUCGCAAAAUAUGUAAGCGAGAUGAUUUUAAAUCUCAGCCAAGUUCAUUAGAUGAUGUUGAUAAGUUAGAAGAACAAAGAGCUGCUAGUGGUCCAAUAAGUGGAGCGAGUUCAGAUGGAAGAUUAGGUAGUGGUGGUCAAUCUGAUUCUGGCCGAGGUAGUACAGUUUACAGUAGUGGUAAAGCUCAAAAUUCUACUACCAGCCCUGAAUCCUCAUCAGAGUUACAACAACGUCAAGGGAAGAAAGGCCAAAGUGAAUGGAUGGAUUACGUAGACACUGAGCUACGGCAAAUUCUUGAUCCAUCAAAAGUCAGUGUACCAUCGACUCUUAGUGAUAGUAUUUCUUCUGUUACUCCUCCUUUACUACCUUUAUCACCUGACGGAUCUUCUGAUGGUAUGCAAACACCAGUGCAGAAACGUACGGAAUAUGUAGUAAAAUCUCGGGGUCAAAAUUCUAAUCAACGAAAUACAUGGUCAAAUAGAACAUCAAAAGAAAAGCAACACAGACCAACGACGAGUUCGUCUAAACGGCCAGAUUUAAGAAGAAUACUUCAUUCAAACAGUGUUGUUGAUAUGGACUCCUCCUUGUUCGAUGAAGAAGCAAGCAGUGAUGACGAGACCGUCAACAGUGAUGUACGUACCAUAAGAAAACAACUUGAAGGAUUGGAAACCAUGUACUCUGAGGUAUUAAAAUUAUUGGGAGUACGUAAAUCUGGUGGUCCUAAGUACCAACCGUCUGAUCCACGAAUCCAUAGAAGGCGUAUGUAUGGAAGUAUGUCUUCUAUACCAUCGUCAGUCAGUAGUAGACCAUAUAGAGAAAGGCAUCGUAAGUCGACUGAUGAUCGCAAAAAAACUGUUAAAGAUAUCAAAGGCAUUAAUAAACGAUUUCAAAGAUUGGAGUCACAUGUCGUAACUCUAGCAAGGAGUGUUGCGCAUUUAUCAUCUGAAAUGAGAACCCAACAUCUCAUGAUACAGGAAAUGGAAGUUAUUAGAAACGAACUAUCAGCGCUGAGGACACAAACUAAUAUGUUAUCAAUUCGUUCACAGUCGGGACCGCGCGCACAUCAAUCAUUUGGUCCUGAACAAGCCAAUUCCAGUCCCACAAAAGUAAAAAAACUUACUAAAUUUUUUGGUGACGAACCGCCACUUUUAAGACUGUUCUUAAAGAAGUUGGGCUAUGAGAAAUAUGCUUCAGCCUUUGAAAAAGAAAAGGUAGGUUUAGUUGAACUACCAUACAUGAGUGAAGAGAGAAUGCAUAAACUUGGUGUACCCAUGGGACCACGGCUAAGGAUUAUGCAAGAAGCUCAACUAGGUUUUCCUGGAAUGCAUGAAAAUACACUAGCCAUAGUUUGAUUUGUUGACGGUUUGACCCUUAAAAGUUGACCAAUUUAAAUAUAUAGCUGAUUAGAUAUAUUUAUAUAUGUUAAACACUUAUUUUUUAAUUAUUUGUAAAUUUUAUUGUUUGGUGUCAUAAAAUAUAUUUUAUGUAUAUUAAGAAUAUUAAAAACAAUAUUUUAUGUAUAAUAAUAUGUAUAUAAUUUUGUAUAUUUUGUUAUGGCAAACUUGUAUAGAAAUUGAGAGUAUAGAUAUAUCAAAAAAAAAAAAAAACAA